AUGCGUGGACAAGUGAAGCUUGCCCCCAGGAAGCGAAGGGUUCCUGCUUCGUCUGACUCCGACGCCGAUGACGAGGAUGAUGCCGAAGAACGUGACGGCAAGGAGGAAGGAGAGGAAGAGGAGGAGGUGGAGGCUGUGGCUGAUAAGGCCGCGAACGAGGCGACCGAAGACCGCGUCGACACCCCCGGCUACACUCCUACCCCAAGUCCAGAUCACAACGAGACUGGGGUGGAGUCGAACAGCUCCCCUCUUCGCCGAAAGGAUUUGGAAGGGGCGAAGGCCUUAGUUGCGUUCUCGUCGGGCAAGGCGGCGAAAGGAGGUCUGGUCAAGAAGAUCUUAAAAAAGAAGGGAUUCCUCGACAUCGCUCGCGUUUUCAGCGACGACGAGUCUUCUGACGAGACUCCGACCUCACCUGCUGGCCGCAGUUUGGACCUUUCGGCUGCUCCCCUUGCUCCGCUCGGCGUUGCUGGGGCAGGCGGUAGCGCCGCCGCCGGGGCUUCCGCCUCCGCCGAACGGAUCUUGUCGGCUGCGGCGAGGGUUUUCGGGAGCCCUGUGCGCGAGCCAGCCAUUUCGCCGCUGGCCAAGGCGAAGGGGAAGUGUGCGGCCGCCGAAGCAUUUGCCUCGGAGUAUUCCCUUGCGGCGCCCCACUUCGCCCCUGGUGACUUCGAGACCCGGCCGGACCUUAUUCCCUUUGUGGAGGGAAUUCUUGCGGCUCACUGUUCGAAAGAGCGAACCGUGCGGGCCCGUUUUGACGGUUUUAAGAGCCGUCUUCGGGCCAAGGAUGAUGAAAUAAGCCGCAAGAACCUGGAGGUGGAGUCCCUGGUCCGCACCCUCAAGAAGGCGAAAACUGAGGUCAAACGCCUUCAGUCCGAAUUGGACAAGGGGAAAGAGGCCUGGGCCGAGAAGGCUAGCAGGGCCGAAGCGAGUGCCGCGGAGGAGUCGCAGCGGUUUUCGCAGGAGAUGGCGAAGACCACCGAAUCUGCGAGAACAGCUUGCCAAACACUCCGCCUCGCCCUUACCGACAUGGGCGCGAAGGUGCGGGGGGUCCCUAUCGAGGAUGCCUCAGCCUUCGACUUCUCCGAGUGGACCCAGCAGGCUGGCGGAUUGGUUUCGGACUGCGCCACCGCGUACGGCGCGAUUGCUGUGCACGUGUAUCGGCGGCUUUCACCUUAG